AUGUCCUAUCGUUAUGUUUAUCCAAAUGGAACAUCAACUGUAGGUGCAACACCUGGCGUUAACGGUUAUGGUGUUGAUCCAUCAAUGUUAUCUGCUGGAUAUCCUACCAGUCUCUCAACAAAUGGAUAUGAUCAUCGUCGACGACGUCGAUCAUAUUCACCAGGAUCAUUUUCAUCAGAUAGUUGUAGUGAUGAUGACUAUGAAUAUCGUGGUCGAAUGAUUACACGUGAAAAACGAUGUCCGCGUGAUGUUGUUCGAGCACCAACACCACCACCAAUUAUUAAACGAGUCGUUGAACGAGCCCCAACACCUGAAGCACCUGUUAUGGAACGGGUUAUUAUUCGACCACAAGCUCAGGAAAUUGUUGAACGUGUUAUUGAACAACCACGUACACCACCACCACGUAUAAUUCAAAAAGAAAUGCAAGAAGAAGCACCACCACCAAUUGUUCGAACAAGAGUUAUCAAAGUCGACCGUCCACUUCGUAGUGGUUAUAGUCAACCAGGUUCACCAUAUGGCAAUCCAUGUAAUGGAUUACCUUCAAUAUCAAAUGGUCUUAUGACAAGUGGUCAUACCUAUCGAACCCAUUCAAUUGCAGGUUCGACUGGACGACCAAGAGUAUAUCGUACAAAUGAUAAUGAUCCGAGUUUUUCUUCAGGAUCAAGUUUUGAAUAUACUCCAUCGGCACAAAUGUCAUCCAAUGUUCCGCAAACAACAAUGAUGAUGAUGCCAGCAUCACAACAAGUACAACCUAUGAGUAUGAUGCAACAACAGCAAAUGCAACAACAACAACAACAACAACAACAACAACAACAGCAACAAAUGCAACAACAACAAAUGCAACAGCAACAAAUGCAACCUAUGGGCGUCAUGCAACAACAACCAGUACAAUCGAUGGGUGUCAUGCAGCAGCAACCAGUACAAUCUAUGGGUGUCAUGCAACAACAACCAAUGCAACAAAUGGGUGUCAUGCAACAGCAGCCAAUGCAACAAAUGGGUAUGAUGCAACAACAACCAGUACAGCAGCAAAUAAUGUAUCGACCUGUUCAAAUGCAAUCAUCUAUGCCUCAAAUGGCCGCUCAAUCAGUUCCACCAUUACCAUCAAGUUAUAUUCCUCAACAAUAUAUGUAUCCAGCACAUCAAGGAAUGUCUUAUGGUUAUCGUCCAAUGAUGCAACAAGGUAGAAUGAUUCCAAGUGGUAUGCCAAUGAUGGCUGCUGGUAAUGCAGUUGGUACACCAACAAAUAGUUUUCAAAGUCAACCCCAAAUGUAUCAUCCAAUGGCUCAACAACUCGUCUAUUAA